GCUAUAAGUUUAGCGCGUAGCGCUCGUUGCGUACGGACGUGUCGCGAUAUAACAAAAGUCGACUAUUGGUUAAAAAUUCAUAAUUUAAUAAUACGUUAUUUCAAUUUUCUAUUUUUAUACUUUAUGCUAAAGUCUAAAGUGCAUUGACAAGUUUUUAAUUCUCCGGGCAAAUUAUUAUAUACUACUGCGUCAAAGACUAUCACAUAAAACAGAAGUGUCAUGGCAAGAAUGUUACGUUCGCCUUCCAAGCAAUACUGUUCAGACCCCGAUCUAUCCGACCAAGGAACGGUGACACAUCGCAAGCGCAGACAUGGAGACGACUUUUAUGAAAUGUUUACUAGUUUCACGACAGAAAUGAGGAGUUGGAAGACAGAAAUUCAACAGGAUAUUUCUCACAUAAAAACAAACUUGGACUCAGGGCUCCAGGAACUUAGAUCAGAAAUCAGCAGCAUUCGACAGGAGCAUACCGAAUUUAGAAAAACCGUCCAUGAGUUAAGCGUUACGAAUGGCGAAACUAGAAAAUUAGUUACUUCCCUGGAAACUUCUGUUCAAUUCAACACCGACCAGUGCGAAGAGCUGAAAGAAAAAGUAGACUCAUUGGUCGAGAAGAAUAAGUCUUUGUCAAGUCUCGAGGAAAAAUUGGAGGUGAUGACUCGUAACUAUAAUCAGUUGCUUACUGAGCUUAAUGCUAACAACCAAAGAGAUCGUCUUAUGAAUCUAGAAAUAGUCGGUGUACCUGAGAAUAAGGAAGAGAACAUCAUAGAAUUGGUUUUGGCUGUAGCCGCACAUGCGGAUGUUGAUAUAUCACCAAAUGACAUUCUGGAGGCACACCGGGUAACACCUAGGGUCCGUCUGCAGGGACGUCCUAGGAAUAUAGUUGUAAGGAUGAAGUCACGUGUCAUAAAAGAUAACAUCUUAUCCGGUGUUCGGAGAAAUCGCCUCACCACUAAGAACUUGAACAUGUCUGGGAGUGCCAAACCAGUUUUCGUCAAUGAACACCUCACAUACUACAAUAAACAGCUAUUAAAAAAAUGCAGGGAAGUUGCAAAACUCAAGAAUUUUCAGUAUGUGUGGAUCAAACACGGAAGAAUAUACGUAAGGAAAGCAGAUGGUUCUCCCCCAAUACAAAUACGAACGGAAAAGGAUGUCUCCAAAAUUUCCUGAAUUU